AUGGGCGAUUGGCCUGUGCCGUGUGAUUGGUUUGCAAAUAAUAAAAUCGAGGAGAAUCAACCCGUGGGCCCUAGGGUGGAACCGGUUGCAGCGUAUUUCAACGUGAACCUCGAUGCUGGUCUGUCUGACACCGAUGUCUUCAAGGCCCGGUCUCGCUAUGGCCGAAACGAGCUAGCUCCCGAGGAAGCCACACCCCUUUGGAAGCUAAUCCUAAAGCAGUUCGAUGACUUGCUUGUCAAGAUUCUGCUUGCGGCAGCUGUGGCGGAUUUCAUCAUAGCAUUGAGCGAUGGGGAAGGCGUACUAGGGGCCCUCGUGGAGCCGUUUGUUAUUGUCCUCAUCUUGGUUGCGAAUGCCACGGUGGGUGUGGUUACGGAGCGUAAUGCGGAGCAGGCCAUCGAAGAGCUCAAGGCGUAUGAGGCUGAGUCGGCGACAGUGCUCCGAAGCGGUGUGCUGCAGCUGGUGCCCUCGGGCGACCUAGUCCCCGGCGAUGUGGUGGAGGUGGCGGUGGGGGCCAAGGUGCCGGCAGAUAUACGGCUGACGGCGCUGAUCGGCUCCGUACUGCGAGCAGACCAGGCAAGGAUUGGGCCCGGAAGGGGUUCGGGGCCGGCGCGGGCGGCGAAUCGCGAAGGGUCCAUUUUGACGGGUGAGAGCCACACUGUGGACAAGCAGGUGCGGCCGGUGCUCAAGGACAACCCCGUGUACCAGGACAAGACGAACAUGUUGUUCUCGGGCACGCUGGUCACUUCGGGUCGUGCGCGCGGUGUGGUGGUGGGCACGGGCGCCUCCACCGCCAUUGGCCGCAUCCGUGACGCACUGGCGAGCGCAGACGAGGAUCAGCGCACCCCGCUAAAGCAGAAGCUGGACGAGUUCGGAACGCUGCUGUCCAAGGUCAUUGCAGCCAUCUGCGUAAUCGUGUGGCUCAUGAACAUCAGACGCUUCAGCGACCCCGCGUUGGGUGGCUGGCUGUCGGGUGCGCUGUACUAUUUGAAGAUUGCGGUGGCGCUUGCGGUGGCGGCCAUUCCGGAGGGUCUGCCGGCCGUGGUGACCACCUGCCUGGCGCUGGGCACCCGGAAGAUGGCCAAGCAGAACGCCAUCGUGCGGUCGCUGCCCUCUGUGGAGACGUUGGGUUGCACAACCGUGAUCUGCUCUGACAAGACCGGCACACUGACCACCAACCAGAUGAGCGCGGUGGGCUGCUCGGUGGUGCAGUCGUGCGCUGCGGGGGGAGCAAGUCUCAUGGAGUUUGAGGUCACAGGUACCACCUACUCCCCCGAGGGCAUGAUCCUGGGGCCGUCCGGGGCCGUCCUGCAGCGCCCCGCCGACUCCCCCUGCCUGCUGCACCUGGCCAUGGCAUCGUCCCUCUGCAACGACUCGGCGCUCGUCUAUCGGCCAGACAAGGGCACGUACCAGCGAAUCGGGGAGGCCACCGAGCUGGCUCUGAGAGUGUUUGCGGAGAAGGUGGGUCUACCCGCCUCCGUGGGCGACCACCCGGGUCCGCUCUACGUGGCGGGAUCCGGCCCGGCGGCCGUCAGCAUGGGAGCCGUUCGCAGGGAGCUGCACUGCAACACACACUGGGCGGAGAGGUUCAACCGGAACGCAACCCUGGAGUUCACCAGGUCGAGUGCCGUGUACGGAAGUACGGCAACUGCUCCCGUGCUCGGGCAACUGCACUACAGGGACCGGAAGAUGAUGAGCGUGCUGGCGGUGGGGGAUGCCCGGAGCGUGCUGUGGAGCAAGGGCGCGCCUGAGAGCAUCCUCGCGCGCUGCUCUUCUGUGCUGGCCAAUAACGGUGAGGGCGUGGUGCCACUGACGGAUGCCGCGCGCGCAGCCCUCACAGCCUCGGUGAAGCGGUACGGCAGGCGGGCGCUGCGUACCCUGGCCCUGGCGUACAAGCCGAUGCCGUCGGGAACCAAGACGCUCGCCCCUGCCGACGAGUCAGGACUGACGUUCCUGGGCCUUGUGGCGAUGCACGACCCGCCGCGGAACGAAUGUUCGCGGGCGCUGCAGCUCUGCCAACAGGCCGGCAUCCGCGUGGUGAUGGUGACGGGCGACAACAAGGCCACGGCGGAGGCGGUUGCUCGCCAGGUGGGCCUCCUGCCAAGAGAAAGCGGUUCGGCUGCCGAAGAUGACGAGGCGGCACUGCAAGGGCUGUCGUACACAGGCCAAGAGUUCGAUGCGCUCUCCGCCUCCCCGGGUGGUUCCUCCGAGCAGUCUGCGGCUGUUUCCCGUCUGGCGGUAAUGAGCCGGGUGGAGCCCAUGCACAAGUUGAGAUUGGUGGAGCUGCUCAGGUCGCAGGGGCACGUGGUGGCGAUGACGGGUGACGGAGUGAAUGACGCCCCCGCACUGGCCCGGGCGGAUAUCGGUGUGGCUAUGGGCAGCGGCACGGCGGUGGCCAAGGGAGCCGCGGACAUGGUCCUGGCGGAUGACAACUUCGCCACCAUUGUUGCUGCGGUGGCGGAAGGUCGCGCCAUCUACAACAACACCAAGCAGUUCAUCAGGUAUAUGAUCUCCUCCAACAUUGGUGAGGUGGUGGCCAUCUUUGUGGCUGCACUGCUGGGGGUGCCUGAGGUGCUGACGCCAGUGCAGCUGUUGUGGGUGAACCUGGUGACGGACGGGCUCCCCGCCACCGCACUGGGCUUCAACAAGCCGGACAAGGACAUCAUGGCGGUACGGCCCAGGAGGCUUGACGAGCCCAUUGUGAACGGUUGGCUGUUCAUCCGGUACCUCGUGGUCGGUAUGUAUGUCGGGCUGGUGACUGUGGCUGGCUUCCUGUGGUGGUUCCUGGGCUACCAAGGAGGGGGCAAUCUGACUUGGAGCCAGCUGACCGCCUUCCAGAAGUGUACAGAGCCCUCUGCCAAGGCUGCAGGAUACACAUGCGCCGUAUUCGAGUCGCAGCACCCGCGCACAAUCGCCAUGUCGGUCCUGGUGGUGGUGGAGAUGUUCAACGCGCUUAACAAUCUCUCAGAGAACUCCAGUCUGCUGGUGAUCCCUCCUUGGGACAACCGCUGGCUGCUUGGGGCCAUCGCCACCUCCAUGGCCCUCCACUUCUUCAUUCUAUACGUGGGCCCCGCGGCGGCGCUCUUCGGAGUGACGUCGCUCAAUGGCGCGGAAUGGCUGGCUGUGCUGGCGCUGUCCGCCCCCGUGGUACUCCUGGAUGAGCUAAUGAAGUGGAUCAGUCGCAGGGUCAUACGCCAAAGGUCGGCUGGGGCGAUUGUGACACCGCAGCUAGGGGACAGCAGGGGCGCUGCCGGGCUCCAGGAGGUGCGGGUGGGCAGCCACGAAGGUCUUCGAAGCGCCGGUGCCGUGAGCCCCUCCUCGGGCUCCAUGUUGCAGAUGAUGGGAUUGCGUGCAGGCGUGGAUAAGUCGCACUGA